AUGUCCGCAGACACCGUUGGAAAGACCAUCACCUGCAAGGCCGCUGUGGCCUGGGAAGCCGGCAAGGACCUCACCAUUGAGGAGAUCGAGGUCCUGCCGCCCCGCGCCCACGAAGUCCGCAUCCAGAUCUACUACACGGGUGUCUGCCACACUGAUGCCUACACACUCUCCGGCAAGGACCCCGAGGGCGCCUUCCCCAUUGUCCUUGGCCACGAGGGUGCCGGCUACGUCGAGUCGGUCGGUGAGGGCGUUACCAACGUAAAGCCCGGUGACCACGUCGUCGCGCUCUACACCCCAGAAUGCAAGGAAUGCAAGUUCUGCAAGUCGGGCAAGACCAACCUCUGCGGAAAGAUCCGUGCCACACAAGGAAAGGGUGUCAUGCCCGACGGCACUUCGCGCUUCAGGUGCAAGGGCAAGGACCUCCUCCACUUCAUGGGAACAUCCACCUUCUCCCAGUACACCGUUGUCGCCGACAUCUCCGUCGUUGCCAUUACCGAGGAUGCUCCCAUGGACCGGACCUGCCUGCUCGGCUGCGGUAUCACCACCGGUUACGGAGCUGCCGUCAUCACUGCCGGCCGUGGCGGUGUCGAGGCCGGAUCCAACGUUGCCAUCUUUGGCGCUGGCUGUGUCGGUCUGUCCGUCAUCCAGGGAGCUGCCAAGAACAAGGCUGGCAGGAUUAUUGUCGUUGAUGUCAACGACGCCAAAGAGGAGUGGGCAAAGAAGUUUGGUGCUACCGACUUUGUCAACCCCACCAAGCUCGGCAGCCAGAGCAUCCAGGAGAAGCUUAUUGACAUGACUGACGGCGGCUGCGACUACACCUUUGACUGCACAGGUAACGUCAGUGUGAUGCGUGCCGCGCUCGAAGCUUGCCACAAGGGUUGGGGCGAGUCCAUCAUCAUUGGUGUCGCCGCCGCUGGCCAAGAAAUUUCUACCCGUCCCUUCCAGCUCGUCACUGGCCGUGUAUGGAAAGGAUGCGCUUUCGGUGGUGUCAAGGGUCGCAGCCAGCUGCCCGGCCUUGUGUCCGACUACCUGAAGGGUGACCUCAAGGUCGACGAGUUCAUUACUCACCGACAGCCUCUUGACAAGAUCAACCAGGCCUUUGGUGACAUGAAGGCUGGCGACUGCAUCCGCUGCGUCGUCAACAUGCGCGAAUGA